AUGCCCAUGCCCAACAAGCGGCGGCGCGUCGAUGACGACGAGGUGAUGUCACCGGGCGGCCCCAACGACCUCGUAGAGCUGCCCCUCUUCCUGCCCAGCCCCGCGGCCAGCGGCGGCCCCGCCGCCGCCCGCGCCGGCGCCACACGCUCGCCUGCGGGGCGGGAAGGCGGGCGGAAAAACGACGGCGGCGGCGGAAGCAGCGGCGGCGCGGCGGCGCUCGCAGAGGCGCAGCGCGCGUUCAAGGCCGUGCUGGUCGCCAAGGUGCUGACUAAGAGCGACGCCUCCUCCAAGCGCGUCAUAUUGCCGCGUAUCGCCAUAGAGGCAAACCUGUCAGAGCUCACACUCCCGGGUGCAGGCGGCGGCGGCGGCGGCGGCAGCGGCGGCGGCGCGGGCGCGCACGGGCAGGGGCGGUCGCUGCAGUUUUCCGCGCUCGACGCCGCCGGCCGCGAGUGGCCGCUGUGCAUCAAGGCGUGGGCCAACGGCGCCAACCCCAAGCCCGUCUUUGUGCUGGAGGGAGGCGUCGGGGAGCUCAUAAAGACGCACAGGCUCGGGGUGGGCGACGCGGUGGGAGUGCUCAAGUCGCCGGACGGCCGCUACUUUGUGCACUGGAACACGGAGCAGGUGCGGGAGGCGGCGGCGCGGCCGACGUUCUGCGCGUUUGAGUUCGCUCGGCACGAGGAGGAGGAGGCAGAGGCGGCGCGGGCCGCCAAGGAGGCGAGGGAGGGGGAGGCGCGCGCCAAGGCGGACGUGGCGCGCGCCGAGCAGGCCGGGCCCGGCGCCCUGAUGACGGCCGUGCCGGUGUCGUCGCCGCCGAUGGUGCCGGGCAUGUUCACGCCGACGAGCCCCUGCGAGGUCCUUGUCAUGGCGCCGCCCGCCACCCGCACCGACAGCGGCGGCGCGGACGUCGCAGCCAACGGCGUUACCGGGGCGCGCAGCGGCGGCGGGCCGGCGGCGGCGCCGCGCGGCGCGCGGCUGGACGCCCAGAGCUCGGCGCUCCUCGAGUUUUCGGACCCGUCGGUCGCGUCCGCGAUCGCGUCUGCACACGCGGAGCAGGCGGCGGCGGAGGCGGCGGCGGAGUUGGCGGCGGACGGGGCAAACGCCGGUGACGGGGCCGUGGCGGAGGAGGAGGGCGCGGGCGCAGGCGCGGAGGCGGGCGCGGAGGCGACCGGGCGGCCGGCAGCGGCAAUGGAGCGCGUCGGGGGCAUAGUGCACAAGGGCGGCGCGCUGCUGUGCCCACGGACGGCGGGCUGCACUCGGCCGGCGGGCCACCAGGGCUGGUGCAUCGGGCAUAAGGGCCAGGGCACCAAGCGCCGCUGA